AUGUCUGGAGAACGAAAAAACCUGAGUCGGGAAGAAGCCUUGGAGCUUUAUUUUAGAUUACCGGACAAGUCGAAUGACAGCGCCGAUGAGUACUGCGAUAGUUCUGAUGAGGAAGACUUUGUGCUUGGAAGCACUGAGAGCAGCGAAGAGGACGACGUUUCGCCACCUCUGCCUGUUCCCACGACAAGCAAGCGCAAAAAAAUUGCGCGCAAGCCUUACUCAGGAAAAAGAACAAAACCAAAAAAAGUGAAGAAGCUCCCUGAAGGGUCAGGUGAUGAUAAUACAUCCAGCCAGUGGGACACGUCCAAAUUCAUUGCGACGAUUCCGACAAAUCAUAAUGCAUCUGGAUCGCAGAAGAUCUUGGAAAGAAGCACUGCCAUUGAAGCAUUCAUGCUUUACUUCGAUGAGGACGUGAUCAAACAUAUCGUGGAUCAAACAAACUUGUAUGCAGCAACAACCAACCGGAAACGAUGGACGACACUCACGUGCUUGGAGCUUCGUGCCUACCUUGGAGUCCUCAUUUUGAUGAGUGUAAAUCGCAUGCACCACCUGCAAAUGUACUGGUGCUCAGACAGCUUAUUUCAUGUGAAAGAAAUCGCCCAAGUGAUGACCUACAAACGAUUUCAACACAUAACAAACUGCCUGCACCUCAACGACAAUGAAAAAAUGCCCGACUACGGCUCAAAAGAUUUUUACCGUGCAUACAAAGUUCGGCCAUUGAUAGAGAUGAUGAACGAGAGGUUCCAGGCCCACUACUCGCCAUCCAGUCACCUCUCUGUCGAUGAGAGCAUGAUUCUGUUCAAAGGCCGCUCAAGCAUGAAACAAUACAUGCCAAUGAAACCAAAAAUCAAGAGAGGAUACAAAGUUUGGUCUCUAGCGGAUUCUGAGACGGGCUAUCUCCUAAAGUUCCAGCUCUACGAAGGAAAGAGUAUGCAGAAGCCAGAAGACAGAACCUUGGGCGAACACGUUGUCCUGACUUUGGCCGAUGGUGCCGUCCCUGCUGGCUCGCAGUUAUUUUUUGAUAAUUUCUUCAGCUCCACUAAGCUGCUUCAAGAGCUGCGAGAGAAAGACAUCCUUGCUUGUGGCACAUUUAGAGUGAACAAGAGGGAUCUGCCAUCCGAAGUCAAAGUUGACAACAAGCUGGAGCGAGGGUCCUACAUUUGGAGGAAGAAGGCUGAUGUGGUAGCCUACCAAUGGCGAGACUCUAAAAAUGUGCACAUCAUGUCCAACUAUCAUGACCCAGAAAGCGUCGUGCAGGUCCAGCGAACCCUUCAAAACGGGAAGAGAAAGGAAGUGGACUGUCCAUGUGUUGUGAAAGAAUACAACGCAUGGAUGGGAGGGGUUGAUAAAUUUGACCAGAAAAGGAAUGCCUAUCCAGCGGACCGCCGUUCAAAGCGCUGGUGGAGCCGUAUCUUUUACUUCAUUUUGGCCGCAGCGGUGGUCAAUGCUUUCAUUCAAAUUUCCUCCAUGAGUCCUGUCACCUAUCUGCAGUUCCGCCUGAUGCUUGGGCGUCUCCUGAUUGCCCAAAACACGUUUCGAAAAUCGAAAACAACGCUGAAAGCCCACUACAACAAGAAAGGCAAGAAGAAUGGGCGCGCAAUGAGUGGUGUACCAGAUGAACUCCGAUUUGCCGGAAAUGGUCACCACCCCGUCCUCACUGGGAAGCGACUGCGGUGCCGGUGGUGCUCUACAAAGCAGAAGGAAGUGCGCACCAAAUACUUCUGCAAAAUGUGCAAUGUGCCACUAUGCGUCACUUGCUUUGGCCCGUUUCACUGCUGCUGA